GGCACUUGCUAGGAAAUUGGUUGAUCACACUUGUUUAGAACCAAAGCUACCCUCUGUAUUAUAUCUGCAUGGGGCCACGGCAAUGGAUUGUUUGGAAUUCUUCCUUUUUAUUUCGUCAAAUCACAGAUAAUUUGCAUUGUUUUUGAUCAUGUGGUCAUCAGGGAUGGAAGAAAAUCAUUUGCGAAAAAUAAUUUAGAAAUCUUCACGGGCAAAAUGCAUCCCCCUGUUUAUAUAUCCUAUUGGCUUUUUCUUCUUUUAAAAAAAAUUGUGUAAUCUCUCCUCCCUCUCUCAGUAUCCUAUAAAUAUAAAGUUGGUUUCUUGGAAGCCACUCUAGCGGCUUGCGAAUUGAUAUAAAUACAUCGUCCAGGAGUAAGCCUGUUACAUUGAAUCCUUCACAUUCAAGCCAUCUUUGAUUAUUUUCUCUUUAUUAUCCUUCUUGUGUUCUUUCAAUUGUUUAUUCUUAUAAGUUUUCAGUUCUUUGAUUUAUUUUUGUUUUCCUUGUACAUGCAUAAUGGUUAUAUUAACAUUGCUUUGAUUCCCUGUUUCUGUUGACAAGUUCUGUAGCUUUAGACUAAUUCAAUAUAUCUUCCACAACAAUUAUCUUCAAGAGGCAACAGUGCCUCCGAAAAAGAGAAGAAAAAGAAAUAGCACUGGGCAAAAAUGACGAAGUAUUCAGUGGAGGAGGAAUUGGGCUGUGGUCUUAUGGGAGGAAUUUUCCAGCGUUGGAGCAACUGGUCGAGAAAAUCAUCCGUACCUGCACUGCCUGCAAAAGGCAUCAACAAACCAGUCACUGAUAAGUCUAAGAAGCCUUCAACCGAUGAUUCCAGGAGGAGACGAACCAGCUCUGUGGACUCUGUCCUUCAGGAUUCCUCCAACUUGGCUAAACCUUUACCCAAACAGGACCAGAAACCAACCAGGAAGUCUGACUUGUUGCCACCCCGGAAUUCAAUUUCAACUUCUCACCAGAGAAAAGACAGUAGAAGAACUUCAGAUGCUGCAAGAAGCUCAACAUCCUCAUCCUCUAGUUCAAGCCAAACAAGAGUGUCACAAACACAGAGCUUGACUAGCGAGCAGCGCAAAUUACAGAAAGAAUCCAGUGGCAGUUACUCCAAAGAGAUUGCCAAGGUAUUCACUGCUGAUGAACAACAAUCAAACAAUAGCAAAGCUCUUAUUCGAGCUACUUCAAGCAAUGUAAUGCUAGUAGGCCAAUUGGGGAACUUGAGACAGCUUGGAGCUGGGAGUGCUCUAGGGAACAAUAGUCCUAAUGCAACAAUUAAAGCUGAAGAUGACUUUUAUCAGAAUCUUCCAGAGGCUCGCUCCACGACAAAACCACCCAGAAAAAACAGCCCUAGUAAACUUGGUGGUUUUGUUAUGGGCAAUAUUGUAAGGCAGCCUAGUGACGAGUCAAAACUUUUUCAUGGUCCUAUGAGUAGAUUGGAUCCCGACGCAUUGAAGAAUAUGGGAAAUGAAGCAUACAAGCAGGGAAGGUUUGAAGAGGCAUUGACUUUAUACGAACGAGCAAUUUCUCUUGAUUCGAAGCAGGCAACAUAUCGGUGUAAUAAGAGCGCUGCCUUGUUAGGAUUAGACCGUCUUUUGGAGGCUGUCUUUGAGUGCAAAGAAGCUAUUCAGCUUGAUCCUACAUAUUGCAGAGCUCAUCGUCGUUUGGCAACAAUUUAUCUCAGAUUGGGAGAAGCAGAGCAAGCAUUAUUUCACUACAAGCAUGCUGGCAAUCACGCAGACUCCACUGAGAUCGCUGAAGCUCAGGCUCUAAACCAAUGCCUUAAAAGAUGCUCUGAUGCUCAAAAAUUAAAUGAAUGGAAUACUUUACUUAAGGAGACUCAAUGUGCUAUAACCUCUGGAGUUGACUCUGCACCUCAGGUCUAUGCUCUACAAGCAGAGGCCUUACUGAAGCUCCACAGGCAUCAAGAGGCCUAUACAGCCUACAUGAAAGGACCAAAUUUUGCUAUUGAAUCUUGUAUCAACUUCUUUGGCCUGGCUGUUAGUGCUUAUCUUUUAAUGAUCAGAGCAUUGGUCUACAUGGUUUCUGGCAGGCUAGAAGAUGCUGUAUCAGCAGCUCAGCAUGCAGCUAAACUUGAUCCAGGCAACAAGGAAAUAAGCCUAGUGGUGAAGAGGACUAGAGCAGUAUCGUCAGCUCGAUUGAGUGGUAACUUGCUCUUCAAGGCAUCAAAGUUCUUAGAGGCUUGCAUUGUAUACGGUGAAGGACUAGAGCAUGAUCCAUACAAUUCAGUUCUGCUGUGCAACAGAGCAGCUUGCAGAUCUAAGCUAGGCCAAUUUGAAAAGGCUAUUGAAGAUUGCACAGCUGCUUUUAACGUGCAACCUUCUUACAGCAAGGCAAGGCUAAGGAGGGCUGAUUGUAAUGCCAAGCUAGAAAGGUGGGAAGCUGCAAUUCAGGAUUAUGAGAUGUUGAUAAGAGAAACACCUGGAGAUGAGGAGGUGGCCCGCGCUCUGUUUGAGGCUCAGGUCCAGAUCAAGAAGCAGCGAGGUGAAGACAUUAAGGACAUGAAGUUUGGCUCAAAUUUGGUUAUGGUCUCUAGCAACGAGCGUUUCAGGCACUUUGUAACCUCACCUGGGAUGACUGUGGUGCUUUUCUGUAACAAAGCAAAACACAAGCAAGUGCUGCAGCUAAUGGAGCAAGUGUGCAAGAGAUUCCCAUCUGUCAACUUCCUCAAGGUGGAGGUAGAAGACCAUCCGUACUUGGCUAAGUCGGAGGCUGUAACCUCCAUUCCAGCUUUCAAAAUAUACAAAAAUGGAUCAAGGGUCAAAGAAGUUCCAGGCAAUAACCCUGAAUUGUUAGAAAGAUCAGUCAAAUUGUACAGCAGUUGAAGAAAACUAGACAAGAUCAUAGGGAACGAGUAAAGAGAAGAAGUGAAUACGCAUGGGAAUAGGAAAACUUUGUCACCUUUUCACAAAGAAAGAAAGCAAGUUCAACAGAUGAAAAAAAAAAGUAAAUAAUCGGGCUAAUCAUGUCUGCUCUAUGACUUUGCCUCCAUUGCACAUUAAGGUGGAAAAGUCGAGAGGGAUCAGCCCGGCACCUGAGAUUUGAAUAUGCAGUAGAGAGAGGCAUUUCUUUUUCUUUUAAUUUUUUCAUUUUUAAUGCUAUAAAAAAAGGACAUCAGAGCGUUUUUUU